GAACUAUCACUUUUCUUUUCUCUUUAGUUUACAUUAUACCAUUAUGACCGCAGUUAUGAAGGAUGCUGCAAAAGAAAUUAAACGUACCAAACGUAUUGAAUUAUUAAUUAUUCCUGGUAAAACUUUGGGUCCAUUUCGACUUGGUUCAUCUUUAUGGGAUAUUAUACAAUUUCUUCGAGAAAGACCUUUAUUCUUUCCAUCUGUAGAACUGAAGUAUGGUCAAUUGGAUCCUUUACGCAGUUCCUUUAUUGUCUGUCUUCCUUAUAAUGGUAUUAAUCUUUGGUUCGAUGGGUCUUUACAACGACUGACAGCAAUAGAAUGUUCUGAUCCUAGCAAAGUGAAACUUGUUUAUCAAAAUAGUGAUGUUAGUUCUAGUCGGACUAUACCUACAUUUUUACUGAUAUACAAAUGUUUUGGACCCACUUAUCUUGGUGAAUUCAAGGCGGAUCAAAAUAUAUAUAUCCUCAAUUAUCCUGGCUUAUCUUUUACUUUUCCAAUUCCUCAGAAGUAUAACCAUUUGUAUACAAAUUCUACUGAGUUGCCACUUGAAUUUCCUGAUGGUACCACACCUAUUGCAUCUAAGAUGUAUCUGUUCCAUAGCCAGAAUUCAAAUUGGGAAACAGCAUCACCACCGCCUAUAUCAAAGACAUUAGCGGAAAUAAAUGGAGGCAAAUCAACAAAGUAUGGAAAACUUGGUAGAAGAGAACUUGAGGUUGUCGUUGCAAAGCCAUCUCAUGGGGUUAAACUCUACUUUCCAUCAUUGACAUCACAACAUCAACGUCAACCAACACCUUCACCAUCCACUUCUUCUACUCCCAAUAUAGUUCCAACAACAACAACAUCAUCACCUUCGUCUUCGUCAUCAAAACAAGGAAAGGACAAUAAUGACAAUAUGAAUGAAACUUCAGCGUUAUCAUCUUACCAAGAAGUAGAAAUAUUAUUGCGGGUGACAGCAUUACAAGAUAUUUUGGCCGAUCUGGGGAAACCAUCACGUGUGUUUUACAAAGAAGAAGAUAAAAUGAAAAUUCACUCUGUAGCAGAUGAUGGUGUGGCAAUGGGAAAAAUGGGAAAAUUGGACUCGAUGAUUGGUUUAACGAAUAGCGAAGGUGAUGAUGAUAGAGAUCUCUCUUCAAUGAACAAUGCAACGGAUUAUUUUUUGAAUUACUUUCACUUGGGUAUGGAUAUUUUGGUGGAUGGUACUGAACAUGUUUGCAAAAAGAUUAUAUUACAUGGGAAUAUUCCGGGUCAUUACGACUUUCAAAGGUAUAAACGAUGUCCAUUCAAAUUGGUAUUUCCCAAAGAAUUGGUAAACGGACAACAAAAUCCCAAUAAACUACUGGUAGAUGUGGAAUCUGAUCCUGAUGAAGAUCAAGUACCUGCUCAUAUUGUCACUGCCAAUAUGAAGAUCACAACAAUACAACAACGUAUCCCAUGGAAAUCAAGUAAUAAGAUUACAAGCAAACCAACGGAUGAAACCCAAUUGGAACAACAAAAGCCAGUUAUACUUACACGUGGACCCAAUGAACAAAACCCUUUUGGAUCAACUUAUUUGACAGGUUAUAGUGAAGGCAUAGUGAUGGAAGUCAUGAAAAAUGGAUAUGUACCUACUGUCGUUCUUUUUUGAUAUAUAUAUAUAUAUAUAUAUAUAUAUAUAGCUAUAGUAGUUAGUCG